CCCUAACUCUCAUCCCUAUCACUCAACACAUCACAAAGUGUAUAUAUUCUUUCUUUCACUACGCCAACAGGGUUUAGCUUCAAAACCUUUCAUCGUCGAAUUCAAUGGAAGCGAUGUCGUUUCAUUCGAUCUCCGACACUCAUUCACUCCUCCACCACCACCACACUCCUUCUUCCAUCAUCGCCGCCGCUGCCGGAGUAACAUCUCGACCUUCUUUCCUCAAAAUCACCCAACCCUCUCACUCACACUCACAUUCAUUGGUUGCGGCUCCUCUUCGUCUCUCUGCUUUCUCUACUCAACUUCCUAGCGAAGAAGGUGACGAACUCAAUGCCUCUGCUUUACCUUCUCACCCUCAGGAAAAUUUAGGCCAUUCUCCGAGUGCAGAUGAUGAUAACGAUGAUGAUGCACAUGAACCAAUACAAACGGGCAUGUCAUGGUCAACAGUUACAACUCCCGGAGGAAGUGGGUCAGGUGGGGGUACACGGGCUGGACUUUUCAGAACUCCGAUUUCUGGUGGUGUCCAGAGUGCAACCUCGGCCCAUGGUUUGCCUAGACCUGCUUUAGCAGUUCGCAAUUUGAUGGAACAGGCCAGAUUUGCUCAUCUUUGCACUGUAAUGUCUCGAAUGCACCACCGACGAGAAGGAUAUCCAUUUGGUUCUUUGGUUGAUUUUGCACCGGAUUCGAUGGGCCAUCCAAUAUUCUCAUUUUCUCCUCUUGCAAUUCACACAAGGAAUUUGUUGGCUGACCCAAGAUGCACACUUGUUGUUCAGAUACCUGGAUGGAGUGGUUUGUCCAAUGCAAGAGUAACUAUUUUUGGCGAUGUUUAUCCGCUUCCAGAAGAUCAACAGGAAUGGGCACAUAAGCAGUACAUUGCAAAGCACCAUCAGGGUCCUUCUCAACAGUGGGGCAACUUCUACUAUUUUAGGAUGCAAAAUAUAAGUGACAUAUAUUUCAUUGGAGGCUUUGGUACUGUUGCUUGGGUGGAUGUAAAGGAAUAUGAAACCCUUCAACCUGAUAAGAUUGCAGUUGAUGGUGGUGAGCAGUAUCUGAAGGAACUCAAUGCCAUAUUCUCAAAGCCCCUAAAGAAACUACUAUCUAAGGAGAUUGAGGUAGAUGAUGCCGCACUCAUAUCUAUCGACAGCAAAGGGACUGAUAUUAGGGUUCGUCAAGGUGCCCAGUUCAACAUUCAGAGGAUAUCAUUUGAUGAAGGACAGAGUGUUGAAACAUUAGAAGAAGCUAAAGCCGCUCUUCAGAAACUAAUACACAUAGGAAAAGUGUGCAAUCUGCAUAAAUAAGGCAUUGAUUUGCAGAAAUAAAUCGCGUGCGCGUAAUGUUAUCCUCUCUCUUUGACAAGAGUAGACAAGAUUGAAGAUUCCGAACCCUGCGAGCUUCUAAUCUUUGACUUUUUUGGACGUUAAUUUAUACUUUUUUGCUAAGGUGGCUGACAUGCACCAGAAAUUGUAUCAUAUGUGCAACUGCAAGGAUAUUUUAUUUAAUCUGGUAGGCCAUGAAACAUACCUGGAUUCACAGCUGUCAAUAAUUUCUGCAGCCACUACAGUCUGCCGAUCUAAACCUUUCGAUAACAUACAUUGUGAUUUCAGCAAAUCAGAAAUUUGAAAUUAACCGUCUGAUCUUCAGACUAAGAUCAUUGACUGUAGUGGCUGUCAAUGACCAAAUCCAUUUCUGGCUCAAACUGGAAAUAAUAUAUCAGAACUCAGAAGAAAUAAGCAGUAUGUUUUUUUUCUUUUCCAUGUGUGAUGAAGUUAAAAUUUGAUGUGAA